AUGCGAAUUCAGCGUUUACUCGACGACAACGAGGCAUGGAAAGCCCAGGCAACGAGCCAGAUCCAUCAAUUGCAGGCUGCGGUGGCUGCACUCCUUCACCGCACCCAACUGCCAGAUCUGCCCAACUUUCAUGAAUUUCACCCAAACACCACAAGUCCCACAGAUUCGGCGAUCGGCAAUGUGUCCACCACGGAGUCUGUCAUUGCCCCAUACGACAUGAGGGAGUCCUCUCCCGACCGUCAGGCUGAUGACCCAGGCCUCAUCCAAGCCCCCAUGAGCAACCUGUAUGAGCUGACCAAGGCCACUCAUCCCAUCGGACCCCCGUCCAUCCCCAGACACAUCAGACUGGCCUCAGAACAGGACCUUAUUGCCAGCGGCGUCCUGUCCAUAUCCUGCGCAGAGCAGCUCCUCUCCCGAUUCCUCACCAACCAGAACCCACUCCUCUGGGGCGGCAUCAUCUUUCCCUACCAAUCACUCGAUGCCCUCCGCUGCACCUCCGUCCUACUAUCCACCGCCGUCUUCACCAUCGCCUCCCUCCAUUCUCCGGGCGGCGGCGGUGGCGACGUCCUCCAGAAAUGCUACGACACGUACAUCUCCCUCGUCAGUAGGUCGAGCCUGUCGCGCAACCACUCCCUCGAUGACAUCCGCGCCCUCAUCCUGGGCGCCUUCUACCUCCCCAACCUCAGCUGGAGACUCUCCGGCCAGGCCGCCCGCAUGGCCGCCGAGAUGAACAUCCACCAGUCCUUCCACAAGGUCAUGAACGGCGACAUGCGCCACGCCGAGCGCGUCCGCCUCUGGUACGCCCUCUUCGUCUGCGACCGCCACUUCAGCAUGGCCUACCUGCGCCCCUCGGCCAUGGCCGACGACGCCGCCAUCAAGGGCGUCGAGCGCUUCCUCGAGUGCACGUCCUCGGUGCCCGGCGACGUCCGCGUCUGCGCGCAGGUCGCCCUCUUCAAGAUCCUCUCCGAGGCGCACAUGGAGUACGGCAGCGACCAGGCGGCGCCCCUGACCGAGGCGGACCUCGACAAGCUGCGCGCGUACAACACCGCCAUCGAGCAGUGGCGCAUGCUCUGGCAGCCGCGCUCCCUCGACGUCCCGGGGAUCGGCUCGUACCCCUCCAAGGGCGUCGUGCUCUACUACCACUUCGCCCGCUUCCAGCUCAACUCGCUCGCCCUGCGCGGCGUGCGCUGGCCGAGCGACGAGCCGCUGUGCCUGAACCGCCGCGAGGCCGCCAUGGCCGCCAUCUCGGCCGCCAUGAGCACGCUGCUGCACAUCACGGGCGAGGAGGACAUGCGGAGGGCGCUCAACGGCGUGCCCCUGUUCACGCACACCAUGAUCGCCUUCUGCGCGACCUUCCUGCUCAAGGUGGCCGCCAUCUGGGCGAGGGGCGGGGACCACCUCUCGCAGUCGCUCGGGCUGGGGUUCAACCUGGCGGAGAUUGUGUCGCUGGCGCGCAGGACCGCGGAUCUGCUGUCGCGGGUCGCCGAGGAGGAGGUCAGCGAGAAGCACCUGAUGCGGCUCAUCGUCGCCGGCAUCAGGGAGAUGCUGCAGCGGCUCGCGCUGGCGGUCGGGGACGACGCGAUGGAGGCGAGGUCGGCGGGCAAGGAUGACGGGCGGGAGCAGAAGGCCGACAGCACGGGCGCGGCGGUGGACUUUGCGACUGUCCAGAUGGGUGAUGGGAUCGACGGGAUGAUAUAUAACAUGGAUCUGCAUAGUCUGGCCGGGUUGCUCGAGUACGGGUCGGAUCAGUUCCUGGAUACGUUCGUUUCGUCGAAUGAGUUGGAUGUGUGGGAUGCGCCGUCGUGA